GCUUAGAAAAGACCCGGGGCGCGACUUUUUCAAAGACGCCCCCGCCACUUUACACCAAGGUAAAAAACGAGGGGCGUCUGUUUUAUCUCUUGGUCGCUCUCCUCCCCGCGGUCGCCGCCUCGGUCGGAAAGAGGAGGAGGAGGAGGACGGGGGAGCUUUUUUCUCCUCCCCUCGCGAACAAAUGGGAUAUUCACGGUAAAGGGGCAGCAGGCGCUUUUUGGCCAGGAGUUUUAUACAGGUGGCCUCGAACGAAUCUCCGUGCUGAAGGGGCCGAAGCGGGAGAGGAAGAUGCAAGACGCGGCCGCGUCAGCCACGCGCUCUUUGGCCCUGGGAUUCCUGCUUCUCGCUGCCGCUCAGCCCAACAACAGUCGGCAGCAGCUGCAAAGACCGAGGGCUUUUAAAUGUGGUGGUAUUCUAACUGGAGUCGGGUUUAUUGGAAGUGAAGGAUUCCCAGGGGUAUACCCUCCAAACAAAUGUACCUGGAAAAUCACAGUUCCUGAAGGGAAAGUUGGUCUUUCUUUUAGGUUCAUAGCUGAAAGUGAUAAUUUAUGUCGAUAUGACUUCGUGGAUGUAUAUAAUGGCCAUGUCAAUGGGCAGCGUCUUGGCCGGUUCUGUGGCACUUUCAGGCCUGGUGCUCUUGUGGCCAAUAGCAAUAAGAUGUUGGUGCAAAUGAUUUCAGAUGCCAAUACAGCUGGAAAUGGCUUUGUUGCAAAGUAUUCUGCAGCAGAACCACAUGAAAGAGGAGACCAAUAUUGUGGUGGACGACUAGAUAAACCAACUGGAUCUUUUAAAACUCCUAACUGGCCUGAUCGUGAUUACCCAGCAGGGGUUACCUGUUCCUGGCACAUUGUGGCUCCAAAGAACCAGGUCGUAGAAUUAAAGUUUGAAAUUGAUCUGGAACGAGAUAAUUAUUGCAGGUAUGACUAUGUGGCAGUGUUUAAUGGUGGCAAGAUUAAUGAUGCCAGGAGAAUUGGGAAAUAUUGCGGAGACAGCCCACCAGCGCCGAUUAUAUCUGAAAAAAAUGAGUUGCUUAUUCAAUUUUUCUCUGAUUUAAGUUUAACUGCUGAUGGAUUUAUUGGUCAUUAUAAAUUCAGACCCAAAAGAUUACCACCAACCACAUCACCAAUCACCACCACAACUCUUCCUACUAUCAAGGCCUUGAAACCUACAGUCAGCCUGUGCCAGCAAAAAUGCAAAAGGAGUGGAACUCUUGAGAGCAAUUACUGUUCGAGUAAUUUUGUAAUAACUGGAUCCGUUAUCACAACCAACAUCAAAAGUGGAAGUUUAUAUGCAACUGUAUCAAUCCUUAAUGUAUACAAAGAAGGAAAUUUAGCAAUUCAGCAAGCAGGGAAAAAUCUGAGUGCCAAGAUUAUUGUUGUCUGUAAACAAUGUCCUGUUAUCAGAAGAGGUCUAAACUAUGUCAUCAUGGGCCAGGUAGAAGAAGAUGGCAGAGGUAAACUCCUGCCCAGCAGUUUUACUAUGAGUUUCAAGACUAAGAACCAAAAAAUCCUGAAUGCCUUAAAAAACAAAAGGUGCUGAUGUAGACUUUUUGAAGCCAUCUGUUUUAACUUUUUAAAAAAAAUUAUUCAUACUGACAAAAUAUGCACUUUCCAAAUUGGUAUAUUUUCUGGAUUUUAUAGCAAUAUAAUCCUAACUGAUUUGUUGAUUUGUGAUUCAAGUAAUCAAAGAAAAAUGUAUUUCAAACCUUUCAGCCACUUGAAAGAACUGAUUUCUACUAUACUGACUUAAUUACACUAGAUUAUUGAAGUUACAAAAUACAAAUGCAAAAUGUAUAAUUCAUUUUAAAUUUAGGUUUUCAUUUUCAUUAUAUUAUCAAUCAUGAAAACAUUUUUAAUAACUAAAAAACUAAUUGUACUUUUCAAGCUUAUUGCUAGUAUUUCCUACAGUAGGAUUUUGAUUUAAGAGCCUGCAAUAAGGGAAGAAAAUCAUAAUGGAUCCACUGCAUUUACAAGUGGGAAGAGUGAAAAGACUAAAAAUCCUAAGACAUAUCAAAGGCCCACAAUUAUGAGACAGAAGAACAAUAUUGUUUUUUAUAAAUAAAUUUUUUCCAAACAGUGGAAAGGAUAGUUUCAUCUUAUACACUGAAUCCAUAUUUUGAACCUGAUUUUCAUAUUAUUGCUUUAAAUGUUAAAUGUGUAGAUUUGAUUGCUUUGCAUGGUUCAAGAUUAUAGAAUGGCUUUAAACUAAAUGUAGAAUUAUCAGAAGAUUCUGACUCAAAUAUACUUUGGACCCUGAACUU